AUGAGAUCGACUCUUGCAGUUGCUGCAAUUGUAGCCACAGCAAAUGCCUUCGUGGCUCGAGAUACUACCAUAUGUUGCUUCAGCUUGUCGGCCACCGGAAGUGCUUCAGGUACUGUAGGACAAAUUGAUGAUGGUCAAACUCGUCUCGGUAGUGGUAUUCCGCCUGGACAGUUCUGUAUCGACUCUUCUGGAGCGAUCAAGGACGGAAACGGACGUGGAUGCUUUCUUACUCCACCCACUUCCCAACUACAGUGUGAUGUUGGAGCAACUCCAGCACCAGGAUUCUCCAUAGACUCGUCCGGAAAGUUUCAUUCCAACGGAACUGCGGACUUUGUUGCCUGUCAUUCAGGUCAAAGUGACCAACUGAAUAUCUACACAAAUCCACCUCCAGCGGAUGUGACUGGCUGUCAACAUAUCGAGCUACACGCCGAUAGAUGUCAAGGGCCAGGUGGACCACCAGCAUCACCACCCCAAGGAACACCAAGUGUUCCUCAAGGACCUCCUCCUGGAACACCACCUGUCUCGCCUCCAUCGCCAGUAUUACCUCCACCAAUUUCACCCCCGCAUGCACCACCUCCAGCAUCAAGCCCAACUCCUCCUCCACAGGCUCCUGCUCCCCCCGGAGGCCCUAGCCCAUGCGGACCUCAGGGGCCUCCUGUAGGUCCUCCUCCCGCAGGCCCUCCCGGAGGUCCAGGUAUUGGACAUGGAGGCACAACACCGCCAGCUGCACCCAACACUCCGACAGAAUCAGGAACAAGAACACCAAGCGCACCAGGAGGUGGCCCUACAGCACCGGGUCCUCCUCCUUUUGCCAACGCGAGCGCUCCAGCACCUACAGGAAACAGCACUGGCCCAACUGGAUCAGGUCCUAGCGGUAAAAUAUCACCAACAGGGGGGCCAUCUGGACUAGGCGGAUCUGCUCCAGGAGCCGGCGGUGGUUGCGGUGGAGGUAGUAACCAAGGAUGCGGUGGAGGACCAUCAGGCGGCGGCUGUGGCACAAAUCUCGUCAAUGGCAGCUUUGAAUUCCCUCAUCUUAUCGUCCCCAUCGACAGUUCAAACCCCAACAAAGCGGUCGGAACUACAUUCAAUGGUACAGUCACGUCGACAAUCUCGUCCAUCUUCAACUUUGACUUCCUCCCCAAUCUGGCAAACAAGCAGUGCUCUUUGGUCUUCCUAUUCCCAACACAGGAUCAGCUCGAGACUUCUGCAUUUAGCUUCAGUGGUAAUGGAGCCAUCUCGUUCUCGGAAUUACAAGCGCCGGCUGGUAGUUCGACAUCUUUCUCCAACGCGCCACAAGUCAAGGUUGAUUAUGGUGUGACGAAUGCGUCUCCGGGUCAUUCUUAUACUAUUGCAACUUUUGCAUGUCCGGCUGGCCAGACGGUUGGUUUUGAGUUGAAGAAUGCUGGAAGUACGAACUUAGAAUUCUUUGAGGACUUCAAUCCGGCUCCGAUCGGUCUUUUCAUCACUACAUGUUAGGUUGCUCAAUGAAGGCAUGGUACUAUCUACGGCAAAUCCUAUCUGUCUUCAACAAUUUCUCCUUUCAUUUUCAAUUUUUUUUUCUUUUUGAUUGACCGUAAUCAUGUUAUCUUUCCAUAUAUAAAUGUCUAGACAUUGUUUAUUCGAAAUGCAGGAGGGCAAAAGUUAAUUGAUGUUCGGAGUUGAUAGGAGGUGUAACAAUAGCAAUAUUUGUAAUAUUUUU